CUGCGCGCGCCCUGGAGCACUUCCGCCCUGUUGUGAAGUGGGUGUCUUGGUGGUCACAGUCUUGGGGAACAGCCUCUCUCUCUCAGAAGCCCCUUGAAGGACACACCACAGAUGCCAGAAGUCAUUGAAUGAGGACAGCACAGCUGAAGUGAGACAUCCAAGCCAGACAAUGGCUGUGGCCCUGGUAUCUGAGGCCCAGGCUUCUCCCCCGUCAGAGCCUGACGACCUCCUGAUUGUGAAACUGGAAGAGGACUCAUGGGGAUCAGAACCCAAAACCCUGAAGGACUGUGACCCUGUCCCUGGUCCUGAGGCUUCCCGCCAGCGCUUUAGGCAGUUCCAGUACAGGGAUGCUGCUGGACCCCAUGAGGCCUUCAGCCAGCUUUGGGCUCUCUGCUGUCAUUGGCUGAGGCCAGAGAUCCGCCUCAAAGAGCAGAUCUUAGAGCUGCUGGUGCUGGAGCAGUUCCUGAUCAUCUUACCCCAGGAAGUGCAGAGCUGGGUGCAGGCACGCCAUCCUGAGAGUGGGGAGGAAGCAGUGGCCCUGGUGGAGGAUUGGCAUCGAGAGGCCCAAGCUGCCCAGCAGCGGGAACUAGAGUGGUGUGCAGAAGAGACCAAACCCUUAAAGGCAGCACAAGAAUCUCAGCGCUUCCAGCUACAGCCGGCAGAUCACAGGCCUGAGGGACAGUCUCAGAAACAAUGGGUGAAGAAUUUAUGCUCUGACCUCCCUAAGCAUCUAAAUGCCAAGAUGGCAUCACACCUCUUAAAAGAGAGUGCUGUCCUCACUCCUCGAGUCCCUACUCUUCCAAAGAUGGGUAGUGUUGGAGAUUGGGAGGUGACAGCUGAGUCUCAGGAAGCCCUGGGCCCUGGCAAACAUGAUGAGAAGGAGUUCUGCAAGGACCCUGCAGGAGAUGAUUGUGGGAACAGCAUGUGUCUGGGAGUUUCAGUUUUGAAACCAAGUGUCACUUCCCAGCUAGAGCAAGGAUCAGAAUUCUGGGAUGUAAACCUUAUAGAUUCUGUGAAAAGGAGCACUGCUGAUUAUAACCUGGAUAAUGAACCAACAAAACCAGCUCAGGCAUUGGCCUUAAAGGACUCCAGGGCCUGGGAAGAACAAUACCAAUGGGAUGUGGAAGACAUGAAGGUGUCAGGUGUUCACUGGGGCUAUGAGGAGACCAAGACUUUCCUAGCAAUCUUGAGCGAGUCUCCUUUCUCUGAAAAGCUUCGGACUUGUCACCAGAACCGCCAGGUGUACCGGGCUAUUUCGGAACGGUUAAGGGCACGGGGCUUCCUGCGGACACUGGAACAAUGUCGCUACAGGGUCAAAAACCUCCUCCGGAAUUACCGGAAAGCCAAGAGCAGUCACCCACCAGGGACAUGCCCCUUCUACGAGGAGCUGGAGGCCUUGGUGAGGGCUCGGACGGCCAUCAGAGCCACAAGUGGCUCAGGAGAGGCUGUGACACUCCCCAGGCUGGGGGAUAGUGAUGCUGAGAUGGAUGAGCAGGAGGAAGGGGGCUGGGAGCCUGAGGAAACAACAGAAGACUAUAGUAAUGCUGGCCUGGCUACUGAUGAGUCUGCCCAGGGGGCCAGGAUUGCAGGGGGCCCAGCGCUUCUCCAGAGUCGUAUUGCAGGUGUGCACUGGGGCUACGAGGAAACCAAGGCUUUCCUGGCAAUUCUCAGUGAAUCCCCAUUCUCUGAAAAGCUUCGUACCUGUCACCAGAACAGCCAGGUAUAUCGGGCCAUUGCAGAGCGGCUGUGUGCACUGGGUUUCCUGCGAACACUGGAGCAAUGUCGCUACAGAUUCAAAAACCUCCUUCGAAGCUACCGGAAGGCCAAGAGCAGCCACCCACCAGGGACAUGCCCCUUCUAUGAGGAGCUGGACUCACUCAUGAGGGCUCGGACUUCAGUCAGAGCCAUGGAGACUGUCAGGGAGGCAACAGGUCUUCCUAGGUCUGGGCAGAACAGUACUGAGACAGAUGACCAGGAGCCCUGGAGUGAGAUGGCAGAUGAAGAUGCCAUUAAACCUCCAACCCCAUGUCCUAAAACUCCAGACACUGGUUUUGAGUUGAGGCAUAAGGAUGAAGAGCAGGUUUCAGAACAGGACAUUUUUGAGGAUUUACCUGGAGCCUUACCAAAAUAUACUUCAGAGGCUGUUUACUCUCUGCAUGACUGGGGGGAAGACAGUGAAAAUGAAAAUGAAGGUGAAGGGAUAUGGGGUAAUCCUCCACAAGAACAGUGGGAAGAGUGUUCUUCUGAGGAGGACUUAGAAAAGCUCAUUGAUCAUCAAGGCUUGUACCUUGCAGAGAAACCCUACAAGUGUGACAUAUGUGUGAAAAGCUUCAAUAGGAGCUCCCACUUCAUUGCCCAUCAGCGGAUCCACACAGGUGAGAAGCCCUACACAUGCCUUGAAUGUGGAAAAAGCUUUAGUGACCGCUCUAACCUCAAUACGCAUCAGAGAAUCCACACUGGAGAGAAGCCCUACAGAUGCCUUGAAUGUGGAAAAAGGUUUAGUGAUCACUCCAAUCUCAUCACCCACCAGAGAAUUCACACGGGAGAAAAGCCCUAUAAAUGUGGGGAAUGUUGGAAAAGCUUCAAUCAGAGCUCAAACCUUCUGAAACAUCAAAGAGUCCAUUUGGGAGGAAAUCCUGACCAGUGUAGUGAGACUGGGGAGAGCAUUGGCCACAGCCCAUCGGUUAGUGCACACUGGAUGGAUUUCACAGAGGGAACAGCUGAGCCAUCUCACAGUGUUGGGAUGAACGUGAGCUUUCCUAUAUCCCACAGCACCAACGCAGGGGAGAAACUGUAUCAGUGCUCUGAAUGUAGAAGGUGCUUCUCAAAGAGCUCCGCCCUCAUUAGUCACCAAAGAAUCCACACAGGAGAGAAACCUUAUGAGUGUGCUGAUUGUGGGAAAAGCUUCAGUAAGAGUUCCACCCUGGCCAACCACCAGCGAACCCACACUGGGGAAAAGCCGUAUAAGUGUGUAGACUGUGGGAAAUGCUUCAGUGAGCGUUCCAAGCUCAUCACCCACCAGAGGGUACACACAGGAGAGAAGCCCUACAAAUGCCCAGAGUGUGGAAAGUUCUUCCGGGACCGUUCUAACCUCAUCACUCACCAGAGAAUUCACACGGGAGAGAAGCCCUAUAAGUGCAGAGAGUGUGGGAAAUGUUUUAACCAGAGCUCCAGUCUUAUUAUUCACCAGAGAAUCCACACUGGGGAGAAACCCUAUAAGUGUACAGAGUGUGGCAAAGACUUCAACAACAGCUCUCACUUCAGUGCCCACCGGAGAACCCAUACAGUUGGCAAAGCAUCAUAGGAGACCCCUCCCCCAAGAAAAGAGUGAUAUAUGUAUAUUUAUAUCUCCUAAGAUCUUAAGACCUAAACUAGAAAGAAAUCUUCCAGUUUUUAAGCUUGGCGUAUAUCCAGAGAAGUUUUGGUAAAAUCCAGGUAAUUUGGAAGUGAAUUACAAAUACUAAGGAUCCAGAUUUGAAGGCACUUUGCUUUUCAAGUGUAGUUUGUUUUUUUUCCUGUUAAAUCCCGCCCCCCCAAUCCUCAAGCUAUCCGUAUAUCUGCUGUUGCAUUAGAGCUUUUUUAGUAUUUGAGCCAGACUGAUGGCUUAGGGGAUUAGAGUUAAAUCAGUGGCCUGGAGUAGUGAUUUCAGACCCUGCUGUGCCUUUACACUGCCCAUCCCCCUGGCAGUGAUUCUCACACAUGGCACUUUGCAGGCAGGGCACAUCCUCACAGGAGAACCUUGAGACUGGUGAGAGAGGGGCAUAACUGAAAAUCAGUGGCCAAGAGAGUAGUCCACCAUGAGCUUAGCAAUGAGUAGGAACAACAGUGACAUCAUUAUAAAAAUCAUCAUUAAUAAUAGCAAAAAAACUCAGUAUUUAUUGAGCAUUUGCUUUUUGGCAGGCUAUGUGGUAAGCAGUUUAUAUGUGUUAUCUCAUUUAAUCCUCAUGACAGGAGAUACCUGUCAAAUUCCUACUCAUUUCCCAGGAGCAAACUGAGCUGUAGAAAGUUAAGUUACUUGCAUUGGUCACACAUCUGAAAAUGAGAGAGGCAGAAUUCAGCCAUAUCCAUGUGUUUCCAGGGUCUGAAAUGCUUUCAGUGUGCCACUGAGUUCCCUUUCAUGUUAGGACAAGUAACUCAGGUACCAGGAUCUCAAAAUGUGAUACUCAAUAAAUUAUCCUUUUGUCAAA